UGUCGCGAAGGAUACAGGAUAACGAGCGGCACUGGAAACAGCGACAUGGCUAGAAGUGUACAAUGUGAAUCGAAUGGGAAGUGGAAUACCACAUACACAUGUGAACCGAAGGUGUGUAUCCUCCGAAAUGAUUCUGCUCUUAGACAUUGGAACCCUGAGAGUAGCUCUACGGACAAGACUGUCGGGUCACAACUGACACUAACAUGUGAAACCAAUUACUGGCUGAAUAGCUCAAGUGCAGGUGCUCCGGUGACCACGCAAAACAUAACAUGCCAAUUAAGUGGGGAAUGGUCGCCAGAUAAAAGAUGUUAUUUAACACAAUGUGAAAACAUCCCAACCAUAGACAAAGCCAAUAUAACAUAUUCGACUGAAAAUAAGACUGUCAAUUCGUUUGCAACUAUAUCAUGUGGCGAAGGAAACAGGAUCACGAAAGGCACUGGAAACAGCGACAUGACUAGAAGUGCACAAUGUGAAUCGAAUGGGAAGUGGAAUACCACAUACACAUGUGAACCGAAGGGUAUAUGAUAUACUUGUUAUUACUAAUGUGAUGUUUUAUAACUGAAACAGUAUGCGGUCUUAUAUUGCAUAUUCCUAUACUUAUUUGCAUAAACGGAUAUAUAAUAUGUGCGUACAUAAUAUACUGCUUAUAUUGGUGCGUGUUCAGUAUAAAAUACAAAAGACCAAAUGGAUUUGCCAUAUGCCACUUUAAGAAAUAGCUGUGUGCAAUCUGUGGCUGGCAAAACCGAACAGGUAAAUGGCGUUAUCAAUGGGCACAUCAUUAUGAUGUCAUGCCUGCAUACACAUGUUCGAAUAGUUCAACUAUUGGUGCGUUUUAUAUUUGGAAUAGACACAUCCUGUUGAGCGAUGUUGACGUGUAGUGUUGCUUU